AAGCUCUUCACUCUGGGUUGGUGGGGCUGGGAGCUCAUUCACUCUGGACACCAGAACCACUGCUGGAGGGACCUUCACUCUUUUUCCCGGUUCGGCGUCGUUCGUUCGUUUGCUUUUAACAUUUUCGUGCAAAUUUAAGAUGCAGUCACUAAAUAUAAACAACUAAACCUCUGAAGGAGCUCUUUCUGGCAGAGUUCUUCAGUAACUAAACUUCUAAAGGAGCUCUUUUUGGCAAAGUUUUCCAGUAACUCAACCUCUAAAGGACCUUUUUGGGCAAAAUUUGGCACCAAUGCAAUUUUGCUAGUGCAGAAGUUUCUAAUUGACUUUUGUUCAGUUAUUUCGUCUCCAGCGUUAAAACUUAGCCUCCUUUUUCCUGCGGCUAACAUGUACAGCAUGUUGGAGCACGAUAUGUCCAUGAAAGGCCAAAUGUCGGUCCAUCACCACCAGCAGCAGCAGCAGCAGCAGGCUGGGCAGGGCAGUGUGAUGGUUCCUGGAGCCGGAGGAGCACACCCAGGAACGCAUGGUGUCAGCAAGCCAGCGCUACACAACCAGCAGAACAAGAACGCUGACCCCAUGGACAAGGUCAAGAGGCCUAUGAACGCCUUCAUGGUGUGGUCACGGGGUCAGCGGCGUAAGAUGGCGCAGGAAAACCCCAAAAUGCACAACUCGGAGAUCAGCAAGCGCCUGGGCGCCGAGUGGAAGCUUCUGACGGACGCAGAGAAGCGGCCUUUCAUCGACGAGGCUAAACGACUGCGCGCUCUGCACAUGAAGGAGCAUCCGGACUACAAGUACAAACCCAGACGCAAGAGCAAACCGGCGCUGAAGAAGGAGAACCCGGGGGCCAAGUACCCGCUGGGCAGCGCCAGCCUAAUGCCCAUGCAGGGGUCCGGGGGGAGCCCCCGGAUGGAUGGGUACGGCUGGGGUCCGGGAGGCGGGUACGCAGCCAUGCAGACGGACGCUCUGGGGUACGGUCAGCAGCUCCAUCGCUACGAGCUACAGGGCCUACAGUACCCCAGCGCCAUGGCAACCGCACAGAGCUACAUGAACGGAGGCAACUCAUACAGCUCCAUGUCCUACAGCUCCGCCCCCCAGCAAUCUGUGGUGUCCAUGGUGAAACCAGACGCAGUGUCCCCGCCCCCCUCUGCAGGCUCCGCCCCCCAGCGUGGUGCACUACACACUGACCUGCGGGACAUGAUCAGCAUGUACAUCCCCAACACUGGAGAGGCCCACCCCACCGACACUCACUCACAGAGGGGCUACACCACCAACAUCCAGCAGCAUUACCUCACCGGCACCACGCCCCUCACGCACAUCUGAGCCCCACCUGCACACAACCCCCCCAGACUGAAGGGUCAUGUGACCUGAUAAGCCCUAACUGGUUGGGCAAAGGCUGAGGCCUGUUUACCGGUGGAUGACCGGACGCCUGCCUGAAAUCCUCACCAAGUGCCAGUCUAACGUUCCACCGGUGCUUUUGCUCCGAACCUGCAGUCUUGCUAAGCUGGUAGCACCUGGACUUAAAUGCCCGAGGCGUACAGACUAGUUUGCUUUCGAUUGGCCAGAACAGGAUGAGGCGACGCAAACGGCUGCCUGCUGGCAUGAUCUGUCAUUUAGAACAGAGCAAUAUCGGUGGCUAAUGGUGCUAAGCUAAGCAGCAACUUGAGCAAAAACAAAGGUUAAACUUUGCCACGCAAGAACGUGGCUGGUGUUCUGGAUUCAGCUCAGCGCUGCGGCGCGUAACCAGUGCAACACUAAACAAUAAGUCCAACAAUAAAGCGCAAGACCAGGCGAUGGACGCGGAACGGGAGGACACUAACGCCGAUUAAAAUUAGCCGCGUUUCCCACUGAUCUGCUGCUGCUUUCCUGGAUUCUGCCAGACGUCCAGUAAUCGCUGAAGGCCUCGUUUCCGAGCCCUGAGAUAAACUCUGCUGCUGCUUUUAGUCACGUUUAGUUUGGCUUUUGUGUAAAAAUGUUAAAUAAAUUAGAAACGUGUUUGAAUGCUGUUUUACUGCAGCGCACAUGCAGGGGUUAAACUGGAGCUGGGAAGGCGGUGGAACUCGUACGUAGUUCGCUUCUAGAACUACAGUAGUUCUGUAAGCUAACUGACUUAAGCCAGGCAACAGGAGUUUACUCAGCUAGCUUAUCACCAACUUAGCCUACACCAUAAACAUAACAAGCCAACUAGGUAGGCAGCUGGCUAGCAGCGUUUACCUGUAUAACUAAGUUGGCUAAAGUUAGCUGGCUAGGCUAUUAAGGGAGAGGGCGGUAAAACUCCUGCUAAGCUGGCUAAAGUUAGCUGGCUAGGCUAUUAAGGGAGAGGGCGGUAAAACUCCUGCUAAGCUGGCUAAAGUUAGCAGGCUAGGCUAUUAAGGGAGAGGGCGGUAAAACUCCUGCUAAGCUGGCUAAAGUUAGCAGGCUAGGCUAUUAAGGGAGAGGGCGGUAAAACUCCUGCUAAGCUGGCUAAAGUUAGCAGGCUAGGCUAUUAAGGGAGAGGGCGGUAAAACUCCUGCUAAGCUGGCUAAAGUUAGCUGGCUAGGCUAUUAGGGGAGUUUUACUAAUAUCUUUCAUAGCCUAGCCAGCUAACUUUAGCCAGCUUAGCGGGAGUUCCGCCUCCCUCUUAUGGCAUCCCAGCUACAGGUUAGGCUACGCCAUGCAGAUACCAAACCGCUCGCAGGGCUUUGUCGCUGUGAGAGCGGAACGUCGUAUCUCCAGACUGCCACCGGUAAAGGAGAAGGAAAAAGGGAACGGACGUUAAUGUAACAGAUUCAUUUCACAGCGAUUCCUGAUCAUCUCAGUGGGUCAGAGCACGGCGUGACGCGUAACUGUCGUUUUCAAAUUAAACAGUGUUCCGGAUUGUGGCGGCCCAGUUUAACCCCCGCACGUGCUUCUGCUCCUGUGACGGAUCCGAAAGGGAAACGCUGGUGCGCAGAUGUGCCGACUGAGGGCCCUUCUGUGCGUUCCAGUGAGAGUGGCGUCCAGGCGGAGGACGCCGAGCAGGAGGCCCAGACUGGUUGAAGGUUUUAAAGCGUUAGCGAUGUUUCUACACACACCGACUCAGAAUGUACAGUAAGGGUCAGUGAUGUGUUUAUGACUUCACAACUUGGAUGGAAAAAAGCAAAAAAGUAAUAAAGUAUUUUAUUAUUUUUGUA